AUGUCUUAUCACGUCGAUUCCAGCGACCACGCCGAGAUAGCAGCAACGCCAAGCAGCACUUAUUCCAUCGAAGGUCCCCUCGAGUGCGAGCGGCGACAAGGUCACCCUGAUCAUCAUGCAUGGCAAAGCUCAUCUGCUAGCCUCCGACCGUCGACGUCUACCGCUCUUACCCAAGCAGCUCCACCCAGAGCCAGACUCACGUCUCAGCAGACCAACUUGCUGGAAUACACCUUCAAAAUGAACUCACAUCCUGAUCUUGCACAUCGUGAAUUGCUUGCUGCUCACGCGGGUAUGAAUGCCAAACAGGUCAAUGUGUGGUUUCAAAAUCGCCGCCAAAAGCUCAAGCAUAGCGCCACGCGCGCCGCGGCGGGCAAACCGCCACCGCGACAACGCAAAGAUCCUCACUUGCCCGUGGCCGCAAUGAAGCGACCGUCUGCCUCUUGUGCUGUAAUGCCCGGCGGUCAACCUGCUGUCUACACCGACAGCUCAGCGUCACCGGCUUCAAAUUCGAUCUCCGAUGCCAACGCACAGUGCCAAUUACAAGCUAGCUUGCAACGAAGCGGCACAUGGGGCGGCUCAACGAGUCGGAGCACCGCCUCCACGCUUUUGGCUCGCCGCAGAACCAUCAACGAAGCACACAUUGGGCCCAGCGCGGCCCUCACGAUACGCCGAGGUUUUGUAGCGCCCACACCAUGCGAAAGUCUUGCACCCACACCGUCGCUCGGGACAGGCUCAUCCUUAUGGACAGAGGCUUCUUUCCCAGAGACGGCGACGCAUCAUGGAUCUGACAUGAGCCAGCUAGCUCAGCUGCAGCAAGAGCUGCUGGAUGGUUUUGCACGCUCCGACGGAGUCAAUCGAGACGCCGCCGUCGACUCUAUGCAGGAUGCUCAACAAGUCUUUGGAUUGGAUGGCUUGGGCCAGCAAGCAGCACCGUGCCAUUCGAACGACUAUACCCCCACGCAAGCUACGUCAAUGGCUGAGUGUAGCGGUCAACUGCUGGGCCUCGGCCUUAGUCUGCCAUGUGAAACCCUACCCAGGACAAGCACGGCUGGAUCUCACCAUCAAUGCGAUGCACCGUGGCAAAACUCCAUCCUUCAGCCUCAACAACAACAGAGCGCCCCGAAUUCUGCGAACGCUGUCAAUCUUCCCGACAUGUUGCAAGCUUGGCUCUGCAGUUCGGCGUCGAGCAGCAAGCUCAACAAUGACAAUCGUCGUCACUCCACGACGGGCCACGAUUUCGGACGCGAAGCUUUGUCGACGGACAUUUGGAACAUGAGCACGGUCGAAGCGCCAGCAGCAGCAGCAUCCGAGAAUGUCGCAAAGCCAGCAGGGGUCGAUUUCGAAACAUCGCCGUUGCUGGCCGACCUGCAGCGUGGCUCUUCAGCAGCGACGCUCGCGUACCAGCAGCCCAGCGCGACUUGGAGCACAUCAGUGGCUGCAAUGACCGCCCCUCCUUGCGCGCCGUCAUCAGCUGACACUUUUAGCGAUCCGGCGCUCAAACGGCUGCUUUGCGGCAUGAACAUCGCCGAUGCGUGCUCUCUGCCACUGCCGCUCAACCAAAGUGCUUGUCCAAAAUUCGAGCCACACUUGCAAGUGCCAAGGAACGAAGGCGAGAUGCUCUGA